GUCCAUUUUCGGGGGAAAAACCAACGAUUGUAAAGAUCCAAAAAGACCUUAAAUCGGAGCUUUUCAUGACCACUUUGAAACAUAGUUGUCAUACAGAAAUGGUGGAGCCCCAAGCGGUAGAUCAGCCACACCAGAUUGAUUCACAGCUGCAGUCCUUGCCGCCUCCAAGGGACGACAUGAUUGCUUGCGUCAUGGCAUUAGAGGCUGCUUUGCUUCCGUGCUUGCCCGCGAGAGAGCUUCAAGCUAUAGACCGUUCUCCGCACCCUUCUCAUCAGAUUGAUGUGGAAAGGCAUGCCAGAGAUUUUAUGGAGGCUGCCAAGAAGCUUCACCUUAAUUUUAUUGGCCUGCAACAUGAAGAUCAGCCAACAAAGGUUGAAACACUUAGAAAGGAGAUUGCUUUGAUGGAGGAAGACUUAAGGAUGAAGAGUGACAUUAUCAAGAAGCAGGAGAGACUGAUCCAAGGGUGGAGAAAAGAUUCGAAAGACCAACUGGACAAACACAACCUCAAGUUGAAGAGGGUGUAGAGUGUAUUUUGUAAGCAAUAAGCUCGCUAUUUUCUGAAUUGGAGUCAAAUUUCUUGGUGCUGCACGCUCCCGAUCACAUAGGAUUGUUACUGCACUCCUCUUUUUGUAAUUUAUAAAAUGAGAAAUACUCUAGCCAUAAAGUGAUUAUACAAAAAUAAUCUCAUAAACUGAUAUGAUUUGAUGUGAUUUAUCAGAUUGUAAAAUUACUUUUAUUAUAAAACAUAUCCGACGAAUCAUAUGGAAUCACGUCAGUUUGUGGGAUUACUUUUAUGUAAUUCAUUUGUUGCUGUAGCACUUCUCAAAAUGAGAUUAGAACAAAAAAUAUUCUUGAAUCCAUAACGGCUACAAAUUCC